AUGUCGCAUUACUCUUCUAGUUGCAUGCACAUCACCAUCUCCCAUGGCACAACAAACGGUGCCAAGUUGGAAACUCUCUCUGAGCGUGACAUUGGAAAGCUCUACACUGCGAUUGAAAAGGGAAUCGAACUAGGAUUGGACAAGGAUACCAAGAUGGAUGUGGCGUUCUGCAGCAAUGUUCAUUUUCCAGAUGAAAAGGUUUUGGAUGUUGUCACUUUCCUUGAGAAGCACGAAAGUGUGCUCAGCGUGGUGGAAGCAGCUCAUGAUCUAAUCAUUUUCAAGACAACGACGGAGCUUGUUGUCACCAUCCGUUUCCAUGGAAGCAAGAAGUAA